AUAUUUUGCUUGUUAGUGAUUGAUGCGCGAUUUGGGAGAAGGCACUUUUAAACUGCAACCGAGAAUCGUCAGUGAACGGUACCUCAUGAUUCUGUCUUCCUCUAACUUAAGGCAAUCAAAAACUACAUUCAGCAUCGAUGAUUCUGACGAAAGGCAUCGGUAUAGAACGGUGGUAGUGGUAACACAUUUAUUUGCGGCAUAUUUUUGAGGUUAGGUGAAGGCUGGUCGCACAGUAAUUUGAUAACCAUAUCGCUAACUGAAGUCUUUUUAUGAAGUGUCAUAACGCAUAACGUUCUUCUUACUUUGACAAAAGUGGACGAAACUUAACAAAGGAAUAACGGAUUUAAAUGACAAAUAAUUAUGGCAACGUCUGAUUCUAAUAAAAAGCCAAGAGUAAUAAUUUUAGGAGGAUGCGGUUUCAUAGGACGUAAUCUCGUGGAAUAUCUACUGGAUAACGAUCUUGUGUCCUUUAUACGUGUAGUGGAUAAAGUGCCGCCGCAAACUGCUUGGCUGAAUACUAAACAUCAGCAAUUAUUCGAGCAUCCUUUGCUCGAAUUUAAGAGCGCAAAUUUAAUCAACACUGUAUCUUGUCAAAAUGCAUUUUUAUCUGACAAUCCGAUUAAUUUUGUAAUCAAUUGUGCUGGAGAAACAAAGAGCAGUCAAACAGAUCCUGUAUAUAAAGAAGGAAUUUAUAAGUUGAGUAUGAAUUGUGCUCAACAAGCUGCAAAAUUACAAGUUGAUCGUUAUGUAGAAAUAUCUUCUGGUAAUUUUAGUACCUCUGACAAAAAUUCUCUCAAAGAAGAAGAUGCUGGAGAACCAUGGACAUUUGUUGCAAAGUAUAAGUUACAAGUAGAGAAUGAUUUAAAAAUCAUACCAAAUUUAAACUUUACAAUCCUUAGACCAGCCAUAGUAUAUGGCUGUGGUGAUAGAAAUGGAUUAGCACCACGUUUAGUGGUAGGAGCUGUUUAUAAACAUUUGGGAGAAAUGAUGAAAUUACUUUGGGGACCAGAUCUUCACAUGAACACAGUUCAUGUGAGGGAUGUAGCCAGGGCUAUUUGGCACGUAGUAAAUAGGCCAGAAACUGUAGGUCAAACAUAUAACGUUGUUGAUGAAGGUGACUCAACUCAAGGAUCAAUCAGUGCUAUAGUUUCAGAAUUAUUUAAUAUCAAUCAUGAUUAUUGGGGUACUGCACUUUCUACACUAGCCAAAACAGAUAUGAGUUCUGUUGUUGAAGAAGUCAAUGACAAACAUAUGGGACCCUGGGCAGAAGCUUGCAAUAAAGAUGGAGUGGAAAAUAGUCCUCUGUCUCCAUACAUAGAUCAAGAACUUCUUUAUAAUAAGCAUUUGUAUUUACAGGCAGGAAAAUUAUCGAGUAUUGGGUUUACAUAUCUUUAUCCAAAACUCACAAAAGAUGCUUUGAAAGAGGUUCUUGAUGAUUAUGUAAACAUGAAGAUAUUUCCACAUUCCUUGAUUCUAUGAAUUUUAACAAUAUAGACUGCCAAGAUCAAAUAUUGAAAAAGCUUACAAUAAUUUGUAUGAAAUAACAUUUGGAGCGUUUCACCUUGUGCCUAGUAAUCUAUGCAAGUUACAUACUCUAUUGUAUGUUACACACCUUACUCGUAUUUUAUCUUCUAACAAAUAUUGUUAGUCAAGUUUAUAAAAAAGUACAGAUGGAAUAUGAAGAUUUCAUGUAUAAGCCUAUUGCAAAUGUGAUAAAGUAGCAAUUAAUGUACUUAAUUUUACUAUAGUUUGAGUAUAAAAUUUUUGCACCUUAGGGUUGCUAGUCAGUUUCGACAUUAUAGGAAGAACUAAGUUGAAAAAUAUUGAAGAAUAAAACUAGACUAUUUACAUGCCUAAACACGAUAUAUUAUAACAUGUAAUGUUAUUUGGAUAAAUAUUUUAGAGAAUUAUGUACAUCGCCAAAAUGCUUUUUAUACUGAAUUUUUCAAGACUGGGAGUAUAAAUAAAAACUGUUAAACACUUAACGAGAUCUAUAGAAGUAGAA